GAGGAGAAGAGGAGGGAGGAAGAGGUGCAGAGACGGAGGGAGGAAGAGCCACACAAUAAGACAAAGACAAAAGGAGGKGGAGGAGGAGGAGCACCAUGCUGAGGAGGAAGAGGAGCGUUUCAUUCGGAGGCUUCGGCUGGGUGGAAAAGUCCACAGUCAGCACUCUGAGGAGCCGGAAACAUGACCUCCUGAACCUCCCUAAUGUCCCUGUGGACCGCCCACCGUCUCCACCCCGAACAGCUCCGCCCACCAUGAAGUCGGCUCAUUUCUUUGACAUGAUGGAGAAAAUGGAGCAGGUUCCAGAAGCUGCAGAGAUGAAGACAGUCCCUCAAAGACAGAAGGACGACUACAUUCCUUAUCCAAAGAUUGAUGAGGUGUUGGAGCGAGGACCACCGUACCCUCAGGUCAUCCUGCCUCAGUUCGGAGGUUACUGGAUUGAGGACCCUGAGGCUCCGCCCACCUCUAAGGUGAGCAACAGUGAGGAAAAGGAGGGAGGAGAAACUCCUCCAGGGGAUUGUGGGUACCAGCUGGAGGCAAUAAAUGAGGCUGCGCGGGCGUACAGGAAACACUUCCUGGGCAGGGAACAUCUGAACUUCUUCUGCUCUGCUGGCAGUUUGGGAAACCUUCUGCUCUCUGUGAGACACGAAGAGGAAAAUGAUCAGGAGUACCUCCAUGUUGUCGUCAGGUGUCAGAUGAAAAGUGUUUAUGACAGAUUACCUCUGGUGGAGCUGACAGACAUCCCGAGCGUACCUGAACUGGCCAAGCUGCUGUGUGAUGAACCCGCCUCGCUCCGCUUCACUCCGGUUCUUUACCCAAAGGCCUCUCAGCUGAUACUUAACUACGAUGAACACGAGCUGAACAACACCUUCAAGUUUGGAGUCGUCUACCAAAGAUUAGGACAGGUGUCGGAGGAGCAGCUGUUCUCAAACAACGAGGAGACUCCGGCCUUCACUGAGUUCCUGCAGCUUCUGGGAGACACUGUGGAUCUGAAGGACUUCAAGGGGUUCCGGGGCGGUCUGGAUGUGUGUCACGGUCAGACGGGUGCUCAGUCCAUCUAUACAGUCCAUAGAGGACAGGAGGUCAUGUUCCACGUGUCCACCAAACUGCCCUUCACUGAAGGAGACACACAGCAGCUGCAGAGGAAACGACACAUAGGAAAUGACAUCGUCACCGUGGUGUUCCAAGAACAGGCCACGCCCUUCGUCCCUGACAUGAUAGCCUCCAACUUCCUGCACGCCUUUGUCCUGGUGCAGGUGGAGGAGCCCUGCUCGGACCACACCUGCUAUAAGGUGUCAGUCACAGCCAGAGAAGAUGUCCCACCGUUCGGCCCACCCCUCCCGAACCCAGCCGUCUUUCAGAAGGGUCCGGACUUCAGAGACUUCCUGCUGACUAAACUCAUCAACGCCGAGCUGGCGAGCUACAAGAGCGAACGCUUCGCUCGCCUGGAGGUAAACGCACCAGCAGGGGGCGACACACACAGAAACCAAGCUCAGCUUUUCUGCUCUUUGGACCCGUUUCAGGAGCGGACCCGGGCCGCCCUGCUGGACGGACUCCUGGACGAGCUGCAGAGACGCUCCCAAAGCAUGCUGGGAUUGAGCUCAGGUGAGGAGGAGGAGGAGCGAGGGGAGAACGGCCACGCCCACGGAGGGCUGCUGGAGUCCAUCAAGAGAGCAAUGAAAGGGCGGAGCGUCUCCAUGGAAACAAUGUCACGGGGCGGGGCAGGACUGCCCACCAGUCUGAGUGGGGGCGGUCUGGCACACCUGAGCGUCGAGACUAAUGUAAAAUCACCGGUGAAGAGACGGUCGGUUCUUUUCCCUCGACUGCUGAGCAUCGACAGCCAGACGGACAAACACCGAAGUCUCAGCGAGCAGCGCAGCUUGGACGGCUGCCACCCGACACUGGAGGUGAGGUCAGAACUGUCGUCCAAUCCCAGCUCUCCGGAGGCGGGGCUACGAGGCAGGGUUCACGUGAAGAAGGAGAGCAGUAAGAUUUCCAGGUCGACCUCCAGCACCUGCAGCUUCAGCCUCCCUGCUGACGACACUCAGCUGGCUGCAGCGGCGGCGGACAGCCAGCCUUCCUCUCCACUCAUCAUGUCCCGCAGCCCCACAGAGCUGAAGAACAGAAACUCUCCCAGAUCCAACCUGAAGUUCCGCUUCGACAGACUGAGCCACUCGUCUGCACAGGGAAACUGAAGCUGACGACUCCUGAAGGAAAUGAUUCAUGAGGAUCAUCUGUCAGAAAACCACAGAAGACAAAAGUCUGCACACACUGAUGGACUCACACACACACACACACACACACAC